AUGGACAUCUUUCUUACUCGCCUUACCCAGCAGGCGGCGAACUAUGCCAUUCGAUCGGGCGUUGCGAUAACGGCCAGCUAUGUAAUGCAACAAUCGGCGCGAUUGUUGAAGAGGGUAGAUGGUGAAGACCGUGAGGUGCUUCUGUCUUUGCAGCAGCGUCUAGAAAGCAAAAUCCAGGUCAUCUCCCCGUCAAUUGAUAUGAUCGAAAUGAUUGCUGCACGUGGAAACACAUCGCUUGAAUCUGCUGUUGCUCUUACCAAAUCCUUGAGAUGGGACAUCCAAGCCCUGGGCCAAAGAUUGGCAAAAGCUGCUGCGUCCGAGGAGUCCAAACUCAAGGCGUCCAAGUCACCCAAGAACGGCAUUCAAAAUGUCGCGGAAAUCAAGCUCAUCAUCAAAGACAUCAAAAGUUUACUCACUAGGAUUGAGGACGCGGUGCCACUGAUGAACUUGGCCAUUACGACAUCGGGUGCGAAGUUGUCAACCAAUCUGCCAUCGACUGUCUCACCUUCCCGACUUUUACAAUCAAGCACCUUCUUAACUGCGGGGGAUACACAGUAUGCGAUGUCACAAGCUCAGGCCGUUCAAAUUGGACCAACAUUUACACUGUCUAUGUACAUGCUUUUUGCGGGACACCUGCGACCCCACGAUGAAGAAUCCAUUCGCGAGACAACGUGGAAAGAAGUGAUGCACAAGGCACGAGUCAAACUUCGACGUGUUCCGAUGGGUCUUUAUUACUCAGGUGGCGAUCCCAAGUCCCCGCAGUUUCCAAGCUCAGCUGGCGCCGACGAAUAUGCUUAUCAGGUCCUCAUUGUCGAAGACUUGGAUGACGGAAGAGUUCACACAUUUGAAGAGAAUGAGGCCCAACCCCACGCCUACGAAGGAAUUUCAAGCGCUGGUAUCCGAGAAAUUCUACCGAUUCACCAAAUCUCCAAGAUUUUCUAUGCCGACACGGGUCGGAUUCUCAAUAUCAGUCCUGAUGGGGAAACAAAUAAUCCAGUCAUAUUACUCAAGAGGGACUUGAACGCAUUACCACCGCGUCAUAUGAUGGAACGUGCCGACUUCGAGGACGAAUAUGCUUCUCAAUCAUCUGAGGCCGAGCCCGACGAUGACGAACAAGCACAGCUCGAUGCACAGCUGGGUGGAGGCGGUAACCCUGAACACGAGAGUUUCGGCUCACUCCACGAGGACGCAAUACCAGAGGAAUGGCGACUACCCUCCGGUCUAGAUCCGGAAUGGAUUGCAUUCGAAGUCUACAAUGAAGACCAAAGUUCAGACACGGAAUCCGAACCCGAUAACUCCAAUGCACGGGAACAAGAAACAAACAUUGAUCCCAACAUGAUGCACAAAUUAUCAUUGAAUGAUAAGAAACAUAGCCCAUCAUCCUCUCAGUCAGCCAGCGCCACAAUAACAACCGUCUCCAACCCUCUCUUCGAAAACAUCCGCACCUCACUAUCUCUUCUCGAAACUCUCCUCCGUCUCACGUCUCUUCAACAGUUCCAACAAAAGUCCCACCUCGGAAUUAGUGACGAACUACUCAACUUCUUCCUCGAGGAAUCCUCCUCGACCGGUGCCGGCGGCGACGAGCAACAUCGUCAACGCCUUCGCUCCGAAGCACGUCGCCGUGUUGGGUGGGACCCUUACAACGAGAGUCCUGUCAAACUCCGUGGUGAGGAUUACCAAUACAGAUACGGAAGUGAAAGCCCAUCUGCUUUCACACGUGAAGGAGAGAUGUAUUCCCCCGCGAGGGGCUUCGAAAUGCGUUCCAGAGAAAGUACACCUGAGACACCACGAGGAGGAUCGCCAAGUGUCCGCCCUGAUAGAAGAAAUCCUAGUAAUUUGCGCGGAAUGACCCCGGCAUAUUCAGAUGAUGCGGAGUCAAGACAGUCAUCGCCUUUGGCGAAGAAACCAAGUUCUUCGAGGAACAGAGAUGCAAGGUCCGGAACGGCAGAGUAA